UGAAGGAACUUUUCUUUCUUGCAGUUACAUCCAUCGAUCUGUACUUAGAAGGAUAAACUCCUUUGGUUGAAGGAACUUGACCAACUAAAGUGGGUUAUGGCUUCAACAGUUUCAUUAGCUCACAGUAAUUGCCAGCUACUUAGACCUAAUGAUGUCCAGAGCUACAUUGGCUUGAGGCCGAUGACGGCUCAGAUAUCUAUGCGUACCAUGCCAGUUGCCAAGGCGCGACCUCUAACGGUCAUUAGAGCAAGCAAUAAACAAGAGACAUCAAAGAGCAACGAACAAGAGACAUCAAAUAGCAAUAAACAAGAGACAUCAAAAAGCUCAGGAUUAAGCAAUGAGGAGUGUGAAGCUAAUGCUGUUGCUGGGAACUUCCCUGAUCCUCCACCAUUUUCGAGACCAUCUGCCCCCAAAGGAACCCCAAAUGUCAAACCACUAUCGCUCACUAGGCGCCCACGUCGAAACCGGCAAUCUGCUGCAUUGAGGGCUUCUUUCCAGGAGACGCAUCUCACACCUGCAAACCUUGUGCUUCCUCUAUUUAUUCAUGAAGGUGAAAAUGACACCCCAAUUGAAGCUAUGCCUGGAUGUUUUAGGCUGGGUUGGAAACAUGGCCUUCUUGAUGAGGUUAACAAGGCCAGGGACGUUGGUGUCAAUAGUUUUGUGCUUUUCCCAAAAAUUCCUGAUGCACUAAAGUCACCAACAGGGGAUGAAGCAUACAACGACAACGGUCUAGUCCCUCGAACAAUACGCUUACUUAAGGAUAAAUUCCCUGAUAUUGUCAUUUACACUGAUGUUGCAUUGGAUCCUUAUUCCUCUGAUGGGCAUGACGGGAUUGUUAGGGAAGAUGGAGUUAUCAUGAAUGAUGAAACAGUUCAUCAGUUGUGUAAACAGGCUGUUUCUCAGGCCCGGGCUGGUGCUGAUGUUGUCAGCCCUAGUGAUAUGAUGGAUGGCCGAGUUGGAGCAAUUAGAGCAGCUCUUGAUGCGGAAGGUUUUGAGAAUGUUUUGAUCAUGUUGGGGGUGGAUACCAACCUACGACGGCGGAGGAGCUCCGACGAGCUCCAGGAAGACGCAGACGAACUCGAGCAGUUGAGCUCGAUUGGCAAACGCGAUGGUGGCUUUGGGCGAACGCGACCCUCGGUUGGCGAACGCGACCCUCGGUGCUUGGCGGUCCGACCCCCGCGUUCAGAGCUCCGACCUCCGCGUUCAGCGCCCACGCUCGCGUUUCUGGCCUCCGACCCUCGCGUCCGUUCGUGCGCUGGCGACAGGCUGUCGCCAGCCCAUCAAUGUUUCGGCUAUAAAAAGCCCCUUUGAUGCCCUAGGGUGCUUUGCUCCU